CGGCUUUCCAGGUACUGUAUUGCAUGUCCCAUGGAUCCUACUAGUAAAGCACCUGGCGCACAUGCAAAUUUUCUCUUCAAUGAGGUCGAGAUCGACUCUCCGUGAUCUGUGCAGCGUCCUACUAAAUCGGGCUCUACCUCAGUCGGCGCCCCCGAUCUUUUCAGUCCGUCCUCGGCCGGAGUUUGCUUCCGGGCUGUUGAUACGGCAUCUUCCAGAUUGGCCCAAAGCCAUCAGCCUGACGGCAGUGUACGAUGUGAAAAUGUAACUCCUCGAAUCAGGCAUGUUUGAUUUUGGUGCUUUGUCCAAUGGCUGCGCAGAGAACGUUGUCCUUGAUUUGACUGACCAACUGGCCGACCCUCUUGAAGAGUUACCAACAUUGAACACUUUACUCCGGUAUUAGUAGCAGAGCAACUGUUGGGAGGUUUCCUGCCUUGGCCCCAUAGCCAAAUUGUUCGGUCAUCAUUGGCUCCCUUCUCCGUCAUAGGGGAACAAGCCGGAAGCAAGGCCCCCCUAAAACAACUUGAAUCGAGUAACAGUUCUCUCGUUCUCAACUACUAACGAGCCAGAAUCAGUACCUGUCGGCCUUGAAACCUUCUGCUAUGUCAAAGGCAUAUAUUAAACUGUUAUGAUACAAGCAAAGGUUCGGGAAUCGUACGACGGCCGGGUGGAGAUGAUGGCCAGGCUGUCAUGGCGAGACACCAGCAGCCCUACUAACACACACCUACUGCUGGGAUGGAUAUGCCUUCCGGUGGGUAACUGCGUGUUCUAGUGGAUGCUCCGAACUCUGGACCAUGGACCUACAGUAUAUAUUUCCACCUUCGGUCUGUCUCGGGUCUCUACCAUGCUAUUCCCCAGCAACCGCAUUUCACAGGCGUUGAUUGCCCCGGGCAUCCGAAUCAACAUACACGACACUGGGAAUGAUCCCUACCACGACAUGCCCGCCUGCGAGCGACGACAGUAGUAUUGGCAAUCGCCACCCACGGCCCAUCCUACCCAACCCCCAUGAUACCUCUACUUCGACCGUGUCAGCACAUGGGCUACCGUUACCAAAAUCAUCUCAUCGUCAAAGGAAAAAUGUGGCUGUUGCCUGUGACCAAUGCAAAUUACGCCGGGUUAAAUGUGACGGCCACCACCCGUGCACUCGAUGCAUUGAGAAGCAAAAGGCGUGCAGCUAUGAGCAAGCCGACGAUCGCCGACGCCAUCGAGGCUCCUCUGAUGAGGCACAAGCUCUGACGGAACAAAUCAACAGGUACCGACAGUUCAUUCGAACCUUGCGCUUGGCCUCACCUGAGAGUGCUGUCCGUAUCCUGCACCACCUAAACUCGUUUCCCGGGUGGGUCACUGAUGAAGCACUCCUGUGCAGUGCUUUGCAAUUCGCCGAGUCUUUGCAAGUGCCCCCGCCAACGCCGGAAAGUGCUUUACACAGCCCUGCCUCGUCUUCCACACGUCCAGGACCGGCGCGUAUAGCUGUGGAAGGACUCCUGUCCUCCUCGCCCGGAGGACCGCAAAACAAUACGGCGCUGAACGGUCUCGUUAGCGAGGAAGUCAACGACCGGCAAGGCUUCAGACAGUUGCAAUCCACGGAAUCCCUGGGCUAUGCAGCGCCUGGUCUGGUUGAGAGCAAAGCGUGAGCUCCCUACCAUAUUAGUAUGGCAUAUUUGACGGUCCAACAACUUGCGUGGAGUCUACAUCUUGUGAAUCGAGCCGAUCAUCCUUCUUCAAUCACGUAUCCAAAAGUCCCGAAAACCAGGUGCAGUCGCCAGCCAUGUCCUGGUGGUAUACGCCAGGGACCACAUGUUAUAAACGAGCAGCCUCCUGGCUGCAAUCAGACCUGGAGGCCGCGGCACGUCUGCAGCCAAAGAGACCUGCUGAUCCAACGUCCCCGAGAUCCUGACUUCGAUGAAGUCUUGAACUGAUACAUCAGCUUUGCUUCUGUUCGCCAAUAGUUGUGCUCGGAAUUUGUUGAUAACUGGCGACGAAUAACGGCCCUACCUUUCAACAGCGCCAAUCAACAGUGCCGAAGACAACAUACAGUGCGGAGGUCCCGGAUCAAAGGGAUUGGUUUGAUUGCCCGACAAGGCAUGGACCUGGAGAUCCCACAAUCGGGUGUCUGCAAGGGUCUGCAGUUUGAGGGUUUCAUACACUGAAUCACAGUUCCAGCCCCCUGGGCUCCGGAUGAACAAGCCGGGAAGUUCAACUACCAGGUCUCCAGGUUAUGGCCCGAAAACGUGACAGGCUUCGGUCAUUGGUUUCAUCUGCCGACCGCUUUACUGAGCGAAGGGCGCGAGGAUAAUAACACAAAAGAUCGAACGGCACGCAUAUGGUCGAAUUGCAUUGGCAAGUAAAGCAUGGUCUAAACGUGGUCAUGCGGGCUUUCGGAAUGUUGGCCAUGACAAGGCCGUGGUCGUUUUGAUAUGCGACUGACUAGGUGCUCGAGUUACCUGAACAGCGAAGGGCACAGUGUCACAUGAACUUUGAAGCUCGAUCUCCAAACUUAUCGCGGCAGGGGAUGGUUUUUUCCCACUGGGGAUCUGUGUAACUAUAUUAUCUGCUUCUUUACAGGAAGGCGGGGGGCCAAUGGAGCCUUUUCGCCGAAACAUCCAUGUCAUUUCGAGCAUUUAUCUACAAUAUGCGCAUGAAGGAGGGCUAUGCUACCGCAGGGUCCCACGACAAACUUGAAGGAGACGCUACGCCGGAGGUAGCGCCCAACUCGCUAGUGUCGAUGCGCCACGCCACCAGCAACCAGUUGAAUCAUUGUCCGACAUAACUUGAUAUUUAGCUGGCUUGGAGAGAGUGAAAUCUUUGACGAGCCUCGUAAAGGGACGAGACCUGGCCUACCUAGGAAUCAUAUCAGAAAAUGUACUCGAUAUCGCAAGCACCUCGUCUACUCGAAUGCUCUGUUCCGAUGUAUGGCCCGUCGAGGGUCUAGAUCAGAAAAGGUAGCUUUUUUGCAUGCUAUGGAUUAUGUACUCGUUGAUAAGCAUAGAUCCCGGUCAUAGGUAUAUAUAUCCCUCCAAGCACCAAUAAGAAAUAACUGC